CACGCACUGCGCCCACAACUCCCCAUACAACGCUCAUUCCUCUAUUUGGCUCGUGAAGUCGUGAUGAAACCCUUCCUGUCUCCCUCUCUCGAUCUGCGCCGCCGGCUCACUUCCCUCGAUCUGCGCUCGGCUCUUCCACUGCGGCACAUCAAGGGAAGAAGAUGGGAUUGGGGGGCGAGCGGCUGCGGAGCGCGGGCGGCCUGCGGCGGGCGAGGGCCUGCGGGGCGGCGAAGAGGGGAUACUCCGGUGGGCUACCAGCGGCGACAGAGGCUUAGCGCCUGCUUCUUCUCCAGAUGGUUCAUCGCCAACUCACUGCUGCUCAUAGAGGAAGAGAAACAUAUAUGGUGGAUGAUGUCUAUCAUGCUUUUGCAGGUAACUUCCAAGGACAGUUACAACAAUUCUGGAGCAUGUAUUGUCCUCAGUCCUCCUGAUUUUGCUACCGUCAUUUCCAUAGUAUUCAAGAUGUAAAACCUCGACCUGUGGAAGUAAUUGUUUCCGAUGAAGAGUUAAAUCUAGCGCCAUGGAUGACAACAAUUCAGGCUUUUAACUAAAUAUUUUGUCAUGUUCGCAAUCGGCUGGUUCAUUUAACCUGAUAUGUAUCCACAUAACCAUCAG